AUGGAGUCACAAAAUGAUCAGAUGCUCCAAAGUACUAGUGAUUCGAAUCAAACUAAUACUGACGCUUCAACAGAAACAACCACAUCAUCAAAAGCAAAGAGAAAAUCAGUAAAGCCAAGGUCUGCAGUUUGGGAUCACUUCACAAAAUUCGUUAGUGAUGAAGGUGAAUUAAAAGGCACUCUUACUACUUGGAAGUAUGAUGAUAAUGCAAUUAGGAAGGCCCUUGUCCAUAUGAUAAUCAUUGAUGAAUUGCCUUUUAGAUUUGUAGAAGGAGAAGUUUUUAGAAGCUUCAUGAGAGCAAUUUGUCCUAGAUUUAGGAUUCCCUCUCGUUGGACAAUUUCACGUGAUUGUUAUGAUUUGUUUAUUGAGGAGAGAUCAAAAUUGAAAUCUUUUUUUAAGAAAAAUUGUCAAAGAGUGAGCCUUACUACAGAUACAUGGACAUCAUUGCAACGCAUUAAUUACAUGUGCAUAACUGCUCACUUUAUUGACAAUGAUUGGAAGUUGCAUAAGAGAAUCAUUAAUUUUUGUCCCAUUUCAAGUCAUAAAGGUGAAGCAGUAGGUAGAGCAAUUGAGACUUGCUUGCUAGAGUGGGGGUUGGAUAAAGUGUUCACUGUUACAGUUGACAAUGCUAGUUCUAAUGAUGUGGCCAUAUGUUAUUUGAAAAAGAAGCUUGCUAAUUGGGGUGUUAGUGUUGCUAACUCUACUUACUUGCAUAUGAGAUUGAUGAAAGUACGAGAUGCAGUAAGAUAUAUCAGGAGUUCUCCAACUAGAUUGAAGAGAUUUAAGGAGUGUGUGCUUCAUGAAAAAAUUGAAAGCAAAUCUUCAUUAUGUUUAGAUGUGCCAACUAGAUGGAAUUCAACUUACCUGAUGUUAAAUACAGCUCAAAAAUAUGAAAGGGCAUUUGAGAGGUACGAGUCACAAGAUCCUAUGUUUAAAAUUGAUAUGGGAGAGAAUGACAUACCUGACUAUUAUGAUUGGACACAAGUUAGGAAGAUGGCAGAUAUGUUGACUCAUUUUUAUGAGCUCACUUUGCGUAUCUCGGGCUCUAGGUAUGUCACAUCAAACCUAUUUUUCAGUGAGAUUAGUGACUUAGCCUUUAUUUUAAAUCAAUGGAUUAAUAGCAAUGAUUUUGAUAUGAAAUCCAUGGGGGAAAGAAUGAAGGUUAAAUUUGACAAUUAUUGGGGAGAUGUGGAUAAAAUGAAUAAAAUUAUCUAUUUUGUAGUUGUUCUUGACCCUCGUGACAAAUUUGAGUUUAUGGUGUAUUCUUUCUCCCAAAUGUAUGGUAAAGAGAAAGGUGUAGAGCUAUUUAAUAAGGUCAAGAGUUAUUUAUUUGAUUUGUUCAAUGAAUACAAAAAAGUGUAUCAACCUAAUGUUGAGCAAUUCAAUGAUAAUAGUUCACAACAAUUAAGUGGGAGUUGCUCUACUACCGAUUCAAUAAACCCUAAGCCUAAAUUCUUUUUGAAGCAUCACUAUAAGAAGCAGAAGUUGGAGGAAUCUGGUGGGUUUGAUUCAAAAACAGAGUUAGAGGUGUAUCUAAGUGAGGCAAUUCAAGAGGAAAAGGAGGAUUUUGAUGUCAUGAAAUGGUGGAAAAUAAAUUCUGAAAGGUUUCCUAUUCUAGGAAAAAUGGCUAGAGAUAUAUUAGUAAUUCCAAUUUCCACAGUUGCCUCAGAGAGUGCAUUCAGUACUGGUGGAAGAGUGCUAGAUUCCUUUAGGAGUUCCCUAACUCCUAAAAUUGUUGAGGGCCUGAUAUGUGUGCAAGAUUGGAUUCGUCCAUUAAAUAUUCAAGUAAAUGUUGAGGAAGAUCUAGAUGAACUUGAAAAGCUUGAAGAAGAUUUCAGUCUUUUAAAUAUGUUUCAAGUUUCAACUCAACAUUUUGUGGGAUCAGAUUCAGAUAUGCUGUUGAAGGCUGUUGUGGAUUUAAUAUUUUGUUAA